AUGAGUUCUUCUUUAAUCGAUUAUAUUACUAAUAAUGAAAAAUAUUUAGUUAACAAAAUAGCUAAAAAAUCAUAAGAGCUUUAAGAAAAGUUAAAAUAAUGCAAUGAUUACCUAGAAAACGAUAAAGAAGAUUAUAAACUAUCUGAAUCAUCUAAAAAUCUUCUUCAUAGAUUCAAUAAUUUUGCUUCUAAAAUAUCAUGUAGAAUUAACUCCAAAUUAUCUAAUACUACAAGAAAGUGA